GAUGAAGUUCAGCACCGCUUUGAGUGUUUCUGGAAUCACACUUCUCUACAUAGCAGGUUCCCUCUGCCAGUUAGAUGUAUGUGGUCAAGCCUCCCUCAGUGACAGGAUUGUUGGAGGGGUGAAUGUAACAACAGGGGCUUGGCCAUGGCAGGUCAGCAUUCAUGCCAGCUUUGGCCAUAACUGUGGCGGGACUCUCAUCACUAAAGACUGGGUUUUAUCUGCAGCUCGCUGCUUCCAGGACUUCCAUUCAUUUAAAGUUGUGAUGUACUUUGGUCGCCUGAGUCAAUCUGGCACAAACCCUUAUGAGACGUCCAGGACAGCGAGUCAAAUCAUCAAGCAUCCUCUCUUUGACUAUCCAAAUCCUGACAAUGACAUAGCACUGGUCAAGCUCUCCUCCUCUGUGGCUUUCUCUGAUUACAUUAGGCCAGUCUGUCUGGCAGCGGCUGGUAGUGUAUUUGCUGCAGGUACGGAGAGCUGGGUCACUGGAUGGGGCCUGCUGCAUCCUGAAGGCCCACCCUCUAACAUACUGCAGGAGGUGAUGAUACCAGUUGUGAGCAACAGUGAGUGCGCUAAUGUUUAUGAAGGGGUCACAAGCAUCACAAGCAAUAUGAUUUGUGCUGGACAGGAAGGGAGAAGUAUUUGUCCGGGAGACUCUGGAGGUCCAAUGCUCAGUAGGAAAGGCUCCCUAUGGAUUCAGUCUGGCAUCAUGAGUGUUUCUAGAAACCUGUGUAAUGACCUCAAAUAUCCCAGUGGUUUUACAAGAGUCUCUCAGUACCAGGACUGGAUCAAGUCAUACAUGGACAGCAACCCGCCUGGAUUUGUUGAAUUCAACACUGACAUUCAUCAUUCCUUUCACCUUCAACAACCAUCUUGCCUCUCAAAGAUUCUUUGAACGGUAAUCCUCAGGCUUUUUUGAUGAAGAGGACAGCACUGUAUACUGUAAAAAAUAAAAAACACAAUUUGUUAAGUCAACUUAAAAUAAUUUCUUACCCUGCUGCCUUAAAAUUUUAAGUUUAGUCAACUAAAAUAAGUUUAUUCAACUUGAAAUGUUAAGUUGUACUAAGUAACAUUAUAGAUAUUUGUGUUGGUAAGUAACCCAGCUGCCUUAAAAUCUGAAGCUGAUUCAACUCAAAGUUGUCACUUAGUAUAAUUUAACAUUUCAAGUUGGAUAAACUUUUGAGUUGACUGAACUAAAAAUUUUAAGGCAGCCAGGUUACAAAUUAUUUUAAGUUGACUCAACAAAUUGUUUUUUACAGUGUAUAUGCUCUCAUACAAAAAAAGAGCAGUAAUGAUAUUUUUGUCC